CUACGAAUCUGCGCGUCCAAAAUUCUAUUUAUAGAACAUAAAGGUUCAUAGUCUACUGCACCACUAACCAAGAGUAACUGAUAGCCAAUUCAAGAACCAAACAAACACUACCCUCCUUUAUCUACUCAUCCAAUUUCCCUUUGAAAUUCCUUCAAAUUAAAUAUGGAACUUACCAAAAUGUUCUUAUUCUUAUCUUUUUUUGCUUCUAUAUCAUCCGCACACACCAAUAUUGUAGAUUUUUGUGUGGCAGACUUGAAUUAUCCAGUUGGGCCAGCUGGAUAUCCUUGUAAGAAUCCGGCUAACCUAACAGUAGAUGACUUUGUCUACUCUGGUUUGGGUGUUUCUGGCAACACCUCAAAUGUUUUUGGUGUUGGUGUAACCUUUGCAAUUGAUUUAACUUUUCCUGCUUUAAACGGUUUAGACAUUUCAAUGACGCGGUUAGAUAUUGGUGUAGGUGGAGUUGUACCGAUGCAUUCACAUAGAGUGUCAGAACUUAUCAUUGUGAUCCAAGGAAGGAUAAUCGCGGGUUUUAUAUCCUCCGAUACUAAAGUAUACUAUAAAACAUUGAAAAAGGGGGACAUUAUGAUUUUUCCUCAGUCGUUACUUCACUUUCAAGUUAAUGUAGGUAAAACUCCGGCUCUUGCAUUUGUUAGCUUGAAUAGUGCAAGGCCUAAUUUUCAAACUACUAGCACUUCUCUCUUUGGAAAUGACCUACCUACCAAUCUCAUUGAGAAGCUUACUUUACUUGACGCCGAGCAAGUGAAGAAGUUGAAGAGCAUCUUUGGUGGCACAAAUUGAUCCGGUGUGUUAAAUUUGUUCCUAUUUGUGUUAGUGUGCAACUAGUACGUACUCUUUUGUAAGUGACUUAAAUGAUCAUCUAUGUGUAAUUUAAUAACAUGUAUUGGCUAUUGUUCA